GCGCUGGGCAGGCGGGUUGCGGAUGGACGGGCGGUGCGUCCAAUCGAGAGCUGGGUCCGUUGGGGCGGCUCCUGCGGGGCCAGGCUCGCCAGUGUCCGCCGAGAGCGGGGCGGCUGUGUCCCGGCCAAGGUCCCGGCUUCCCUUGGCGGGGAGAAACGCCACUCGGUGAGACGCCGGGGAGGCGGCGAGCAGGGUGGCUGCGGAGCCCCUCGGGACGCGGGGCGGCGGGGUCGCAGCCGCGGGCCUUAGCGCAGGGGGCUCCUCGGAGCGCUCCCGUCAGCCGGGGACGGCCUUGGGCGCGAGGGGCUGGUUGUGCUGAUGGGACCGCCGGUGUAAUGGCCUGGAGUCGGGUUUGAAAGGCUCUCACGUUAGAGAGGCCUCUGUUGCGAGUACAACUGCGAUGAACGAAUCUUCAGCUUCGAUAAUAUCAAAGGGAGGAACGACGGGAGGGAGUUUAUAUCGAGACUUGCUUCUUCACUGCACAGCACUGAACGCUCUGCCUGCUCAGCAGGAGAAAUGGCCACAGCAGCUGGAGUUGGAGUGGCAAAAGCUUGAUGGGUUUAUGCUUGUAGUCCCAAAUGCCAGUUCUGGCACACCUACCACUGAUUUAAAAGCUCUUAAUUUUAUUGUCAUAGCACUUGAUGAUCCUUCUUUGGGAUGAAGCAGGCUCGCAGAUGGGUCAGGGACUCUGGAGAGUUGCUAGGAACCAGCAACUGCAACACCAAGGAUACAGUGGACAAGGCUAUCUCACCAGAGAACAUGGUAGAAGAAUAGCUGCUAACAAUGUUUCCAAUACAAGCCACCGCAAACAAGCCCAAGGAGGCAUUGACAUCUACCACCUGCUGAAGACAAGAAAAUCUAAAGAACAGGAAGGGUUCAUUAACCUGGAAAUGCUGCCACCAGAGCUUAGUUUUACCAUUUUGUCAUACUUGAAUGCAACUGAUCUCUGUCUGGCUUCAUGCGUCUGGCACGAUCUUGCUAAUGAUGAGCUGCUCUGGCAAGGGUUGUGCAAAUCCACUUGGGGUCACUGUUCUAUAUACAAUAAGAGUCCACCUCUAGGAUUUUCUUUUAGAAAAUUGUAUAUGCAGCUAGAUGAGGGCAGUCUCACCUUUAAUGCCAACCCUGAUGAGGGAGUCAACUAUUUCAUGUCCAAGGGCAUAUUAGAUGAUUCGCCGAAAGAAAUAGCUAAGUUUAUCUUUUGCACAAGAACACUGAAUUGGAAGAAGCUGAGAAUCUACCUUGAUGAAAGGCGAGAUGUUUUGGAUGACCUCGUGACACUGCACAACUUCAGAAAUCAGUUCUUGCCAAAUGCACUGAGAGAGUUCUUCAGACACAUUCAUGCUCCCGAGGAGCGUGGGGAGUACCUUGAGACUCUCAUAACAAAGUUCUCUCACAGAUUCUGUGCUUGUAACCCGGAUUUAAUGAGAGAGCUUGGCCUUAGCCCUGAUGCAGUUUAUGUACUGUGUUACUCUUUGAUUCUACUUUCCAUUGAUCUAACGAGCCCUCACGUGAAGAACAAAAUGUCAAAGAGGGAAUUCAUCCGAAAUACACGACGAGCUGCACAGAAUAUUAGUGAAGAUUUUGUAGGGCACCUUUAUGACAACAUCUACCUUAUUGGCCAUGUGGCUGCCUAAAAGCACAAUUUGCUAGCACUUAAAAUUUGUAGUUUUCCAAAACUACAUCUUUCAAGAAAUUAAUUAUUUUGUAGAGAUGGGGGUUAUUUUAGUGCUGGUCAUUCUAACCUCUGUAUGCAAUCAAAGUUUGUGUGUAAGUGUGUGUAUGUGUUAACUACCUUUUUCUAUUUACCAUGGGAAUGGAAUUUGGAGAUUUGUUUUUCAUCAUUGUUUUCGUUUUGCACAAAACAAUGCCAUUAGUCUGACACGGCCAUUUACGGAUGUUAAACUGGCAUUCCAGUCUAAACUGACAAAGUGGUGAAUUUGUGCAUUAGAUCUGCUUGAAACUUUAAUAAGUUCAUUUCUUUUUAGAAUACCAUGUAAUGUGUAUAUAUUUAACUAAAGAGAUUUAUAAUCCUAAUUAUUUUAUUGUAAAAUAUUUUAACUAAAAUUUCUCCUUUUACCUCUUAAAA